UUAACAGUAUUAAAUAUGGCAGAACAGGAGCCUCUAGGGAUUGAGGUUAUUCUGGAUGAGGAAGCAGAGUCCAGAGCUCCUAUGUGCCCACAUGGUCCAGCUUUGCUAUUUGCAAAGGUUAAACGCAAAGAAGAACAGGUCAGGAGGUUUUAUGCCUGUGCAGCCUGCAGAGACAGAAAGGACUGCAAUUUUUUCCAGUGGGAAGAUGAAAAGGUAUCAGAGACCCGGCUACAAGCCAGAGAAGAAAUUAACCGAAGUCGGCAACCACCGUUCACACACACCGAAUAUGUGGAGAGGUAUCAGAGCUUCGUGGCUUUACCCCUGGCAAAGAGAAAGUUUUGUGCAGACUGUCAGCUCUUGCUGCUUCCUGAAGAAUGGGGUCCACACAGCGCCCACUGCCUGCUCAGUGACGUCUCACUCGCUCAAUUGAAAAGACCAAGCCGCCUCCUGCUUCCGCUCGAGAACAAAAAGACCAACGCUCAGUACCUGUUUGCUGACCGCACUUGCCAGUUCCUGUUAGAUAUAAUUAUUUCACUCGGAUUUCGUAGAGUGCUCUGUGUCGGGACUCCACGACUUCAUGAGUUUAUCCAAAUGAGACAGUCUGAAAAGAAGGAACCAGUUAUGAGGAGUCAAUUGCUGGAUAUUGAUUUCAGGUACUCCCAGUUUUAUUCACAGGAGGAAUUCUGUCACUAUAACAUGUUUAAUCAUUAUUUCUUUGGGGGAAAGUUUGCCUCUGAAGCUUGUCAAAGAUUCUUGUGCCAACCUAAUGGAGAGUCUGUUAUAAUGGUGACUGACCCACCUUUUGGAGGUAUGGUGGAGGCUUUAGCUCACAGCUUCAAAAAGGUGGUCCGCCUGUGGAAAACUUCAUGUGAUCAAGCUCACAAUGAAGAACUGCCCAUGUUCUGGAUAUUUCCAUACUUCUUUGAACCCCGCAUUCUACAGUGUUUCCCAACAUUCGCUCUGCUGGAUUAUCAGGUAGAUUAUGAUAACCACGCAUUAUACAAGCAUGGACACAGUGGUCGGAAACAGUCUCCUGUGCGAAUAUUUACUAAUCUUCCUCCCAAAGAUGUUGUUCUUCCAGCUGAAGAAGGAUACAGGUUCUGUUCAUUGUGUCAGCGAUAUAUAUCCUCAGAAAACAAACACUGUGAGAGCUGCCAAGCCUGCACAUCCAAAGAUGGGAGAGCAUGGAAACACUGUCAAAUCUGCAACAAGUGUGUGAAACCAUCUUGGGUUCACUGUGACAGCUGUGGACGAUGUGCACUUCAGGAACACCCUUGUGGGAAGGUUGGACAUGGUUGCUUUACCUGUGGCAGCACUGAGCACAAACGCAGAGAGUGUCCGGUUUCCGAGAAUAGAACCACCAUGAAAAAAUUGAAAUCGGGUAAACGUAAAAUAUCAGAGAUGGAUAAGGAACCUGUCGCAACCAAAUUUCAAAGGCAGACACAAGCAAAGAGAGCAAGAAAAAAGAAAAAGGUCAAGUGGGCACCUGGAAAAUCAAAAGGAAAACCAAAGAAAAAGAAAUAACAACAACCCAGAGAGGAGACUGUCCAGUAUCUGAUGACCAGUCACUUUGAGUUGAAACUACCUCUUGGUGUUUGCAACAAAAGAACUGCAAAGAAUUAUCAAAACAAAUGUGUUAACCAUUGAACGAUCUAUAAUAAUAAUCCUUGUAUUUGAUAAAGCGAAGUGACUGUGUAUUUUGUGAACGAAACGCGGCAGCCAAUUGCACGUAGCAGUGUCCCCCCUCCCAGAACAAUCUCUGAAAGAGGCAUUUGUGUUUAGCCUCUCACUAUUCUAUGUCAUUCUGUAUUGACUGCAAACCUGUGUAACCCAGGGUUAGAAAUGCAGUUGUAUUGGAUUAUUUAAAUGCAGAUAAUUUUAAAACACCCAGAGUAACUAUGGAGAACUUAGCUGUGACUCCUUCAUGUCCUCCAUGAGAUCUGAUGGACUUCAGCUUUUGCUUAUGAAAUUUGGAACCUGAGCCAAUAAAUAUCACCUUGUUUUAUA